CCCCACUCCGACAGUUCGUUCCGUCCCCUCUUUUAAAGCUGGCGUCUCUCAUUCACUACUCGAGACCUAGCUCUCGCCCACAGCUCUGGACUAAGCUUCUGCCUAGACUAGCUCCUACAUCUUGCCGCAUUGCAGCCGCUGCUAAGCGUUUCUCAAGUUCUACCACAAGAGCUACAGAGCUUCACUCGACCUCACGUGUGCAACCGAGACUGAGACCGAGACUUGCAGUUGCUCGACCAGCUGCAUUGAGUGUUCAGAAAAGAUUCUGUCAGAGCGAAGUCACCAGUAGUUUCACAGACAUGGCGUCAGACCGAGACAUUCUCCCCUUGUGGGCCAAACCUUCUCACUACGCUAUCUCCCUCUACGACAUCGAGUUCGGCGGCAAAUUCGGCUACAAGGGUGCCGUCAGCAUCAACACAAAGAUCACAAAGGACGAUGGCUUCUCUGAGCUGGUGCUCAAUGCCCAUCAGCUCAAGGUACACAGCGCUGAGCUGAAGGCCGGCGAUGCCACCAAGUCGGCCAAGGAUAUCUCCUACGAUGAGAAGCGCCAGCGCGUUACCCUCGACUUCGGAGAGAAGAUCAACUACUCGGGCGAGGUGACCCUGGAGGUCAAGUUCGAGGGAACGGUCAACAACAUCAUGGCUGGUUUCUACCGCUCCAAGUACACGCCCAAGGGCGACGUCGCGGCCUCGGUUGCCAAGGACGACGAUUUCCACUACAUGUACAGCACCCAGUUCGAGGCAUGUGACGCCCGCCGAGCCUUCCCCUGCUUCGACGAGCCCAACCUUAAGGCGACUUUCGAUGUCGAGAUCGAGGUCCCGAAGGACCAGGUAGCUCUCAGCAAUAUGCCCGAGAAGGAGACGAAGGAGAGCAGGCGUGACGGCUUCCACACUGUUGUCUUCGAGACCACACCCAUCAUGUCGACAUACCUGUUGGCAUGGGCCAUUGGUGACUUCGAGUACGUUGAGGCUUUCACCGAGCGCAAGUACAACGGCAAGAGCAUCCCUGUCAGGGUCUACACUACUCGCGGACUCAAGAAGCAGGGAGAGUUUGCGCUGGACAACUGUCACAAGAUCGUCGACUACUUCUCAGAGGUCUUCCAGGUCGACUACCCGCUUCCUAAGGUCGAUCUUCUGGCUGUUCACGAAUUUUCGCACGGUGCCAUGGAGAAUUGGGGUCUCAUCACCUACCGUACUACCGCCGUGCUCUUCGAUCCCGAGACAUCCGCAGACAGCUACCGAAACAGAGUGGCGUACGUCGUGGCUCACGAGCUUGCUCACCAGUGGUUCGGCAACCUGGUCACGAUGGACUGGUGGAGUGAGCUUUGGCUCAACGAGGGCUUCGCCACUUGGGUUGGAUGGUUCGCCGUUGACCACCUGUACCCAGACUGGAACGUGUGGGGGCAGUUCGUUACUGAUUCCGUGCAACAAGCUUUCGCGCUUGAUGCGCUACGCACCUCCCACCCUAUCGAAGUACCUGUCUACGACGGUCUCGAGGUUGACCAGAUCUUCGAUCACAUCAGUUACUUGAAGGGUAGCUCGGUCAUCCGCAUGUUGAGCGCUCACCUUGGUGAGAAGGUAUUCCUUCAGGGUGUAGCCAACUACCUCAAGGCUCAUCAGUACUCGAAUGCCACUACUAACGACCUAUGGUCCGCCCUAAGCGAGGCCUCUGGUCAGGAUGUCAGCAGCUUCAUGGACUUCUGGGUCCGCAAGAUCGGUUUCCCUGUCGUCACCGUUGCCGAAGAGCCUGGCCAGAUCGGCAUCCGCCAACAGCGUUUCUUGCUCGCCGGCGAUGUCAAGCCAGAGGAAGACUCGACAGUGUGGUGGAUUCCAUUGGGUCUGCAUGCGGGUUCAUCUCCUUCGACAGCAACUGUUCACCAGACGGGUGCCUUGACUCAGAAGGAGGAGACCAUCCGCAACGUUGACGAUGGCUUCUACCAGCUCAACAAGAACCUCACUGGAUUCUACCGGACCAACUACCCGCCAGAGCGCCUUGCCAAGCUUGGCGAAGCCCGUCACGAGCUCACAGUGCAGGACAAGAUUGGCAUCAUUGGAGAUGCUUACGCCAACUCUAUCGCCGGAUUCGGCUCUACUGCCGGCCUGCUUGCGCUCGUAGAGAACUUCCAGGAUGAGUCCGACUACUUGGUCUGGUCGCAGAUUCUUACCAACAUUGGCAAUGUACGCAGCGUACUCUCUGGCAGUGACGACGUUAGUGAGGCUCUGAGGAAGUACCACCUCAAGCUGGUUACACCCGCAGUUGAGAAGGUUGGCUGGGAGUUCAAGGACGGCGAGGGUUUCCUCGCUGGUCAGCUUCGCGCGGCGCUUAUCUUGUCGGCCGGUCUAAUCGGUCACCAGGCUACUGUCGAUGAGGCCCUGAAGCGCUUUGAAGCUUACACCUCCGGAAAGGACAAGUCAGCUAUUCAUCCCUCGCUCCGCCGUGCUGUAUUUGGCAUUGCGAUCAAGAAUGGUGGAGAGUCUGCCUACAAGGCUGUUCAGAAGGAGUACCUCUCGACAUCAUCCAUCGACGGCAAGGAAAUUUGCUUGGUCACCAUGGGUCGCGUCCAGACUCCCGAGCUCGCUCAAGACUUCUUGAAGUUCAUCUUCUCAGACAAGGUCGCCACCCAGGACAAGCACUCUGGUACCAUUGCGCUGGCCAAUAACUCCAAAGUCCGUCCCGAAGUAUGGAAGUACAUUCGCGACAACUGGGACCAGACCGUUCACCCUGCUCUAUCCGGCAACCUUGUGGUUCUCGAGCGCUUCUUGCGUUUCGGUCUGAAUAAGUUUGCUGAUGAGAAGGUUGCUGAUGAAAUUUCGGCAUUCUUCAAGAACAAGGACACCCGUGGUUACGACAAGGCUCUUGAGGUUAUCGACGACACCAUCAGGAGCUAUGCGAAGUACGCGAAGAGGGACGAGGCUGUCGUCAGGGAAUGGUUGAAGGCCAACAAAUACCUGUCAUGACUUGGACUGAGAUUGUAAAUGCUAGAGAUGUUGUAGCUAUAGAGCUGGCAGCCAUGUAGAUAUGCGCGUCAAAAUUGAACAAAGUUAAAGAUCCG